UCCCCCACUAGUUAUGAGAGUUUCGGUGGGGUGGAGUAGUGGUAGUUACGGUUUGUUGCCCCCCAGCACCCCAACUCCAACUCCUCCACUCGCCAGCCCUGACCCUGGCUGAGGUUGGGGUGGUCAGCUUGGCUUGAGACUCCACAGUAAGGAAAGGACUCUUCUCUUCCUUUCUUCGGCCUGCUUUAUCUGGAAAUAGGGAAAAUGAUUGAUUGAUGGAUUUUUGGUAGGGGAGGAGUGAAUGUGCGUUUUUGGUUGGAAAACAGUGUUUCAAACUUAGUAGGUGGGGUGGGGCAAGGCCUGGGAGAGUUACUUAGGAAUGUAACUGUUAGGGGAAGUGUAAAAAAAAAAAAAUCCCACUUUCUUUUGCCUGUUGUUUUUUGUUUGUUUUGAAGUGGAAUGUGGGUCUCGAAUUCUUGACGGGCAGUGAUGAGCCUAUCUUUGGGGGAAACUAUACAGAAAGAUAAACAGUGCUUAUUGAGAAGAUUUUCUGUUGCUCCCUUUGUGAAGUUAAGGGAAGGGAUGAAAGGAAGUACAGCAAUUGUUUUGUGUAUUUUUUUUUUGUUUUGUUUUUAAAUGGAGACCCUUGGUUUUGUCUUUUAUUAGACAUCUGUCUGGAGUUGAAGUGGAAACAAUCCACUUACAAGUGUAACCAGAGCUACCCAGGCCUUUGGUUGCACUUGGAUUUAGAGUUUAAUUUUUUAGAUUUUUUUUCCUUUUUGUUUUUAUGUUCAGGAAUAUAUGUGGUAGUGGUAGUGCUUCCUUUCUUUUUCUUCCUUUUGGUGACACCUCAAAGGUACAGGACUGUUUGGUUAAUUAUUUAAAUUUUGAAUUCAAGAUAGAUAAGUAGAUACUAUUUUACUGGAAAAGAAGUCAGGAAAGAUUCCUUUGGCCCUGUUUUUGGGCUCUGAGUUGUCUUUAAAAUAAACACAUAGGCACUGGGCCUACAGAUCAGUUUAGCAAUAGUUUGAAAGGUGUAAUUUCUAGUAUUGAUACAGUUCUACUUGAGCUUUUUUGGUUGAGCAUGUGUGCAAAAGUGAGAUCCCUCUGAAGAGUAUGACCUGACAUUUAAUCAGUCUUAUUUUAAAAGUUUACUUCUGUUUUAACAUGUGCGAAAUCUUCUUCCUUUAUUCUAGGCAUCCCAUGAAAUACUGACUUGAGGUUGGAUUAUCUUGAAAUCCACCUGACCACUGUCUUACAUCACUAAAACCACAGGACAGAGGCCUCGAAGAGGAAUCUACCUUGGUUGGCAAAUCCGGCCUGACAAAGAAAUACCUUUUAAAAGUUGAAUUUUGAUAACUUUUUCAUCUGCACUUUAUGGAUAAUGAGAUCAAGUCAAAUCAAUGUUCCUGCUGAUACAAAAGUCUUAGAUGAAGAAGGUUUGAAAGUACAAUCAUUUGUGAGAGACAAAAAAUCCUAAUUUUUAUUUUAUUUUUUUGAGGUGAGACACAAAUCUUUUAGGUCUACAGAAUCCUGUGGAGUUUCUGUGCAUCAUCCGUGGGAAAGUCCACUCUAGUCUGCUUUUGAGGAGCAGUUAAUAAGCAUUGUAUGGUGUGUGUGUCUCCUUUCUAAACUCAUUAUGAGUGCCCAGGCUUCCCCAGCAGAAAAGGGACUGAACCCUGGAUUGAUGUGCCAGGAAAGCUAUGCUUGCAGUGGGACAGAUGAAGCUGUCUUUGAGUGUGAUGAGUGUUGCAGCUUACAGUGUCCCCGCUGUGAAGAGGAACUACAUAGGCAGGAGAGGCUCCGCAACCAUGAGCGACUGAGGCUUAAGCCUGGCCAUGUCCCUUAUUGUGACCCCUGUAAGGGCCCCAAUGGGAACUCCCCUGGGGUUAGGCAGAGGGCAGCAGUGAGGUGCCAGACCUGCAAAAUCAAUUUGUGCCUGGAAUGUCAGAAAAGGACUCAUUCUGGGGGUAGCAAAAGAAGACAUCCAGUUACCAUCUACCAUGUCGGUAAGGCACAGGAACAGCUGGAAGGAGAAGGCAUGGAUGAGGAAACCAAGAGGAAGAAGAUGACAGAGAAAGUUGUGAGUUUCCUCCUAGUGGAUGAAACUGAAGAAAUUCAGGUAAUAAAUGAAGAAGACUUUAUUAAGAAACUGGACUGCAAGCCUGACCAACAUCUGAAGGUGGUUUCCAUUUUUGGAAAUACUGGAGAUGGGAAGUCUCAUACCCUUAACCAUACCUUUUUCUAUGGCCGUGAGGUCUUCAAAACAUCCCCAGCCCAGGAAUCCUGCACAGUGGGGGUUUGGGCAGCCUAUGACCCAGUCCACAAAGUGGCAGUAGUAGAUACAGAAGGACUUCUGGGAGCUACGGUCAACCUAAGCCAGAGGACGAGGCUGCUGCUCAAAGUUCUAGCCAUCUCUGAUCUGGUCAUCUAUCGGACUCAUGCGGACAGGCUGCAUAAUGACCUCUUCAAGUUCCUUGGAGAUGCUUCUGAAGCCUACCUGAAACACUUUACUAAGGAGCUCAAGGCCACCUCUGCUCGCUGUGGCCUGGAUGUCCCUUUAUCUACUUUGGGUCCUGCAGUCAUCAUUUUCCAUGAAACAGUGCAUACCCAGCUGUUGGGUUCUGAUCACCCCUCUGAGGUGCCUGAGAAGCUGAUCCAGGACCGGUUUCGGAAGCUGGGUCGAUUCCCUGAAGCUUUCAGUUCCAUCCACUACAAAGGAACAAGGACUUACAAUCCCCCUACAGAUUUCUCUGGGCUCAGGCGGGCCUUGGAGCAGCAGUUGGAGAACAACACCACCCGUUCUCCCAGGCACCCAGGGGUCAUCUACAAAGCACUGAAGGCAUUGAGUGACCGCUUCAGUGGUGAGAUCCCUGAUGACCAGAUGGCUCACAGUUCCUUUUUUCCAGACGAAUACUUCACCUGCUCCUCCAUUUGCCUCAGCUGUGGGUCUGGAUGUAAAAACAGCAUGAAUCAUGGAAAAGAAGGAGUGCCUCAUGAAGCAAAGAGCCGCUGUAGCUACUCCCACCAGUAUGAUAAUCGGGUCUAUACCUGCAAAGCCUGCUAUGAAAGAGGAAAGGAGGUCAGUGUAGUGCCUAAAACAUCUGCUUCUACUGACUCCCCUUGGAUGGGUCUUGCAAAGUAUGCAUGGUCUGGGUAUGUGAUUGAGUGUCCUAACUGUGGUGUGGUAUAUCGUAGUCGGCAGUACUGGUUUGGGAAUCAAGAUCCUGUGGACACAGUAGUACGGACAGAAAUUGAACAUGUCUGGCCUGGAACAGAUGGAUUUUUGAAGGACAACAACAAUGCUGCCCAGCGCCUGCUAGAUGGGAUGAAUUUCAUGGCACAGUCAGUGUCUGAGCUGAGCCUUGGGCCCACAAAGGCAGUGACAUCUUGGCUGACGGACCAGAUUGCCCCCGCCUAUUGGAGACCCAACUCACAGAUCCUGAACUGCAACAAGUGUGCAACAUCAUUUAAAGAUAACGACACCAAACAUCACUGCAGAGCCUGUGGGGAGGGCUUCUGUGACAGCUGUUCAUCCAAGACACGGCCAGUACCUGAGCGGGGCUGGGGGCCUGCGCCUGUUCGGGUGUGUGACACCUGCUUUGAUGCAAGAAACGUCCAUUUAGAUGUUCCAGAGGCACAGGUGGACGAAGAAGGUGGGACUCUGAUUGCCAGGAAAGUGGGCGAAGCAGUGCAGAAUACCCUUGGAGCAGUAGUAACAGCCAUUGAUAUACCACUAGGUCUUGUGAAAGAUGCUGCCCGGCCAGCCUAUUGGGUGCCUGACCAUGAGAUCCUGCACUGCCACAAUUGUCGAAAGGAAUUCAGCAUAAAGCUUUCCAAACAUCACUGCCGGGCCUGUGGCCAAGGCUUCUGUGAUGAGUGUUCCCAUGACCGCCGAGCCGUCCCCUCUCGAGGCUGGGACCACCCAGUCCGUGUCUGCUUUAACUGCAAUAAAAAGCCUGGUGAUCUUUAACGCCAGCUCCCUCUCCAGGUCCUUCACAAUUCCUUAGGUUCUCAGGGUUAGAAACAAAUCUCUUUGGGGGUCUUCCCCUCCUUGACCUGGUAGCCUAUUGUAGUGUGUGCCCUCUUUCCUAGUAUCCUUGGGGCUCUACCACCUCCGUAUGGGAGGCCAAGUGUCAAGUUGGGGGUCAGAUCAGGACUGAAGGCCUAAAUCCCUCGGGGUGGGGGGACUGGGCAGCUCAUUUAAAGGUGAGUGAACCAGAAUCCGUUGCAUUUUAUUCCAGUUUAAAAAAUAAAAUAUAAAUACAUAUAUCUAUAAUUAUAAAUAAAUAUAUAUAAAUACAAAGAAAUUGUGUGCUAAGGAUGCAGUUGACUACUGAAUCCUUAACACAAAGUUACCGGCGCAGGGAAAAAUGGUAGCAAGGGUUCUUCCCUGCGAGGCUGGGCUAGGUCCAAAGCCAUCGCAUUGCUUGUUAGCCUUUUGCUUGUUCUCUUAAAGCAUUUUAAAGCCUUUCUUUCCUUCCUAUCUCAUCUUCCUCAAUCAAAGGGUGGACUCCUCCGGCUGCUAAGGACACUAAGGCUUUAUGGUAUAAUGCUUUCAACAGCUGUGUGGGGAGUUCUACCCUUUGGUGUUCGGGAGGACUUAAAUUCCAAUUCCUUGGCUAAGCCUGUUUCAAUCAGGAACCACCCACCUUCAAGUGCAGGUCACUAGAAUGAAUGGUGGGUGAGGGGCUAUGGUUUUGGAAUUAGGUUUCAGCCUCUAGGAAAGUCAGGGUGUGGGUAUCAGACCACCUCCUGGAUUUGAGAGCACAGGAAGAAGAUAAGUUCUCCUAUGCUCCUUUUUAAAAAAGGUAUCUUUACUUACUGUUGGGGUUUUGUCUAGGCUUUUCUAAGAUGCAGGGGACCCUUCUCCAAAAUUUAGCACCUGGGUACCUUCCCUCACCUACUUACUUCCCCUUAAAGCCUGUGACUUACUUCCAAGUGUUGCCCUAGAAUUUUAAUGCUUGUUUUAAAGUGUCUUAUUCUUGGUUCCCAAACACAUGAGCCCUCUAAUUAUUAGAGGGAUGACCGUGAGUAAUCUUCCAGGGACAAAGAGCACAGAUUGGACUGUUCAAAGUUUUAUUAAAACAUAUAUAUGUAUCUAUAUCUGUGUGUGUAUACAUGUCUAUAUAUGCACAGACAUACAUACCUGUAUAUAUGUUAUAACAGAGCACAUAGAAAACAAAAUUCCAUCAUCUCUUCAGUCCUUACAAGAGAUAUCAAAUGGACUUCUGUUUAUCAAGGUACCACGGACCUCCAUCCCUGACCAUGAGGUGACUGGAACGAGACUGUUUUUGCUAAAAUAAUCUUCUGUGGUGGAUUUUAUCUUCUAUGGCCAAAAACUAAUUAAAAAGCAACAAAAUUCUGGACGUGAACUAAAUGGAAAGUUUGCCCCUUAACGAUGGAUGGUGUGUGUGUGUUGGAGGGGCAUCCCAUCUGAGAGACAGUUCAUGAUCAUGGGUAGCCAGAAUUGGGUCCUAUUCAGAGACCUGUUCCCUUACUGUCUCCUUAUAGCACAGUGGCUGAGGCCCUCCUUCUAGAACUGUAUAUUAUUAAAUUAACUGUUAUAAAGGAAUAUUCCUUCUGAAA